UAAGUAUCAUAAUAAAUUUUACACUUCUUUUAUUAUUUUACAAAUUUCACAGUGGAUAAAUAAAAAUUAAUGGAGGGAGUACAUACAAAAACAUUAUUUUUAAGGAAAGGGGUUAGUUAUUCAACUAAUCCAAAUUUGUACUUAAUUUAUUUCCCCUUUUAUUGUUUUAUUUUUUUAUAUAAACUGUUCUUUUUUUAAUAGUAUGGGUCACCCAAUUCGAGCACCAUAAACGGUCACUAAUGCUUGCAUUGGUUAGAGUAUAUUGAUAAUACAGAUGUUUUGUGCAGCGGGCUGUAUUUUCUUUUGCUCUGACAAUAUAUAUACGUACAAGUGUGUUUGUGUAUGUAUGUAUAUGUUUGCAGAGCUAGGGUUUGAUGAGUAUUGAGAUUUUAUUAGCUGAGAGGUGCAUAAUAAAUGAGGUGAAUACUACCUUUCAGUCAUUAAUUAAAAACACGCAUAAUAUUACUUAUCACAGUUGAUGAUUAGUAGUAAUAAUUAGAAAAUCAGCUGUAUUACCUGUACUGUAUUUAUGUCUAUACUAAGGCGUAGAAAGGGCACAGAAAACAAGAAAACCUCGGAUACAGAGCCAGAUUAUGAAGAAUUUAAGGAAAAGAGUAAUAAAUUAGGUUCGAGGAAGUUAAGGUUAAGGAGGAGAUGGAGUUGUGUGGAUGGUUGUUGUUGGUUUAUAGGUUGUAUAUGUUCAAUAUGGUGGUUUUUAUUGUUUCUUUACAAUGCAAUGCCAGCAUCAUUCCCGCAAUAUGUAACGGAAGCGAUAACGGGGCCGUUACCGGACCCACCGGGUGUUAAAUUGGCGAAAGAAGGAUUAAGGGCUAAACAUCCAGUAGUAUUUGUACCUGGGAUUGUUACUGGUGGGCUUGAAUUGUGGGAAGGACAUCAAUGUGCUGAAGGUUUGUUUAGGAAGAGGUUAUGGGGUGGUACUUUUGGUGAAUUGUAUAAAAGACCCCUUUGCUGGGUGGAGCAUAUGUCACUUGAUAAUGAAACUGGAUUGGAUCCUUCUGGUAUAAGGAUUAGGCCUGUCUCUGGGCUUGUCGCAGCUGAUUACUUUGCUCCAGGUUAUUUUGUUUGGGCUGUUUUAAUUGCCAAUUUGGCUCGCAUUGGAUAUGAGGAGAAAAAUAUGUAUAUGGCUGCCUAUGAUUGGAGGAUCUCAUUUCAGAACACUGAGGUGCGAGAUCAAACUCUAAGUAGGAUUAAAAGUAAUAUAGAACUCAUGGUGGCUUCAAGUGGUGGGAAAAAGGUGGUUAUAAUUCCGCAUUCAAUGGGUGUUUUAUACUUCUUGCAUUUCAUGAAAUGGGUAGAGGCACCAGCUCCAAUGGGUGGAGGAGGUGGAUCAGAUUGGUGUGCUAAACAUUUAAAAGCUGUAAUGAACAUUGGAGGACCCUUUUUGGGUGUCCCAAAAGCAGUCUCAGGAUUAUUCUCAGCUGAAGCCAAGGAUAUUGCUGCUGCCAGGUCUAUGGCCCCAAGUUUUUUGGACAGUGAAAUGUUUAACUUCCAAACUUUACAGCAUGUAAUGCGAAUGACUCGUACAUGGGAUUCAACAAUGUCAAUGAUACCUAAAGGCGGGGAUACUAUCUGGGGCGGACUGGAUUGGUCCCCAGAAGAAGGCUAUGAGUGUAACGAAAAGAAGUCAAAGAACAAUAGCACCCAGACAGCAGAAAGUGACAGGACAAGAAAGUCAGUUAAUGCUACUCGUGUGAAAUACGGAAGAAUAAUAUCGUUUGGGAAGCAUGUAGCUGAUUUUCACUCAUCAGAGAUUGAUAGGAUUGACUUCAGAGAUGCUCUUAAAGGUAAAAGUCAUGCCAACUCCACUUGCCGUGAUGUGUGGACUGAGUACCAUGAUAUGGGUAUCGGAGGUGUCAAAGCUGUUGCAGAUUACAAAGUUUACACAGCUGGAUCUGUUUUGGAUCUUCUUCAUUUUGUUGCACCAAAGUUGAUGAAGCGUGGUAGUGCUCAUUUUUCGUAUGGAAUUGCUGAUGAUCUGGCUGACAAAAAAUAUGAACACUACAAAUAUUGGUCAAAUCCCUUGGAAACAAAAUUGCCCAAUGCGCCAGAGAUGGAAAUCUUCUCAAUGUAUGGAGUUGGAAUUCCAACUGAAAGAGCAUAUGUAUACAAACUAAGUCCUGCGGGAGAUUGCUAUAUUCCUUUCCAGAUAGAUUCUUCGGCUGAGGGUGGAAAUGAAAGUCCUUGCUUGAAAGGCGGUGUCUUUCAUGUUGAUGGGGAUGAGACUGUACCUAUUUUAAGUGCAGGUUACAUGUGUGCCAAAGGGUGGAAAGGAAAGACGAGAUUCAAUCCAUCAGGCAUCCGUACAUUUGUAAGGGAGUACAAUCACGCCCCUCCAGCUAAUCUUUUAGAGGGCAGGGGAACACAAAGUGGUGCUCACGUUGAUAUAAUGGGAAAUUUUGCACUGAUUGAAGAUAUCAUUAGAGUAGCUGCUGGGGCUACUGGAGAAGACUUGGGAGGAGAUCAAGUGCACUCGGGUAUUUUCAAGUGGUCUGAAAGGAUUAAACUGAAGCUUUAGACUUCAUAUGAAUUUCAUGAGUUCAAUCAAUUGCUUUGGGGAGCUGCUGGUGCUCCGAUAUACGUCUGGCUUCUUGUCUUUCGGCUGAAACAUCUAUUGUUUGAACAAGAGGAGCCUGGGAAACCUGAAGCUACUUACUUCAGUGUCCUUCCAGUGUAUAUGUUGCAGGAAGCAUGUAUGUUUGGCUGCCGUUAGGUUGCAUAACUUCAUAUUCCUCGAAAUUUCGAACAUUCAUUGAUUUUUUCUUGUAAUUAUAUCCCCUUCAUAGCAUAGUGUAGACAUUAAUAUUGGAGCAGCCAAGAACUGCAUUUAUCCGUUCUAUUAUAUGUUAGCUUGAUUUAUCAAGAAUGUAACUUAUUUUCCUUCUUAACAGCACAGCAGGAGGAAGAAGUGUGUUUCUUUUGCUUUGGAACCUACAAAGUUCUACUGUAAAUUGUUAUCAUAGAACUAAGUGGGUGAAAAAUAGGUUAAUACC